AUGAAGAGUUUGCUCAAAAGUACCAGAAACAAGAGAAAGAGUGUGAAUGAGAAGUCUUCUAAGUCCAGCUCAUCUGGUGCACAAAAGACUACGAGCAGAUCAGGUAGUAGGUUGGCAGCUGGUCGUACUAUGUUUGAUGCCAGAAAUAAAAGUACAGAUUCCGACCUAAAUAGUACUGACGGAACUACUGCAGUCAACAGUUCUAUCCCUCCAUUUGCACGUAGUCCUCCUGCUGGUCAAAAUUCUUAUGGUUUGAAACCCAAAGGUCAGAGAGAAUCAAAGGCCUCUAGUGCAAUCAUUGAACCAUCAAGAAGAAGUUUGGAUAGCCACGUUUAUGAUAAUAUUUCUGAGUACUCUAAAAUUAAUAACGGCUCUCAAAACCAAAAUGAUCCAGACAGCAGUAGUAUAAUAUCCGAUGAAGAGCCAGUAGGCAAACAAUUUGUUUCUCCUACAUCCCCUGUCCACAGGGUCAAAAGUGAGACUCCAAGUGUUAAUAAUGACGAGACAAUGAAUAAAUUAUCGUCAUCAAUGAGCAAAACUACUAUGGAUGCUGAAAGCAAUGAACAGGAGGCUCUUAAUUCUAACACGGAAAUUGAUGAUCCAACUGCCGCAUCUUCUGCUAAUGAGAAUAAGAGCUCCUCAUCUGUCUCUUUGGGAUCUAAUACAAACACCAACACUUCCAAUAUCACCAAUUCUAAUAAUGAGCAGGGCCAUCUAUUUUCAUCCGGUGUUAAUCAAAAAGCAAGCUCGACCAACAAUACAAACCCAAGUGCUCAACAAUUUUACGCUCCAAAUCAACCUAACUCUGGGAAGUCUCAAGAGCAACGUCAAUUUUUCCAUCAAAAGGAUGAAGCUACAGGUACAAAGAAAAAUGAAAAUGACCUUGAAAUUAAAUCUACCCAGUCCAAUAGUACAAAAGAUGACACCACAACUUUGGUUUCGAAGACUAAUCUCAGUCAUAUUCCAACAACGACAACUAAUGCAACAGCUAGCACUGCUUCUGCCCAUUCCCCAUUGAAUGGCUCAAACUAUGAUCAUGUUAUUUUCAAAUCUGGUUGGAUUAACAGAGGUACUAAUAUGACCUCUUGGUCAUCAUCAGUAACCAGCGAUACCUGGAGAUUAUAUCGUGCUGAGUUGAAGGGCUCAAAUCUUCUUUUGUUCAAGCCUCCAAGCGACUUGGGAAUUAAACACUUCGAGCCAAGAUAUAAUGGGCAAGGGGAAAUGCGGCCACCUGAACCGUACUCAGCGGAUAAUGCUUCAGGGUUGAGUCCUUCCAACACAAUUAUUGAAGAAGGUAUAGCCAGAUCUUCUGCGAGUGUUGAUGGCAUCCAAAGUCAACAUUAUGAUAACAUGGACAAUAAGUCUACCAUCAAUAAUAACUGGAGCAAUGUUACCGCGGAUGCUGGCUCUGGUAACGUUAAUAUUAGACUACCAGGGGGCUUCCCUUCAAAGAGUGAAAUAUCAUAUGUCUCAGAAGUGUAUCCACACCCAGAUCUACAAUUUGAUGAAGCUGAUACCAUUUUGAAUGGAUCUUUGGAAGCUGUCUGCCAUACUGUGUUAUUUAAUACUUCCGAGGAUAGCAGAUUAUCAUCGCAAUUAAUUUCUGUGAUUCCUUUAUUUGGAGACGCCAAGAUUGCAGUUGAUUACUUUGUUCAAUAUGCUUUUGUGUUUAUGAGUCCUGCUACCGUUGAUUCGUUAAACUCCAAGAUUAAAAGCUUCAAAUUUCCUUUACAUGCCUCAUUGCUCAACAGAAAGAAUGUUCUGAUAAACGAAACAACUGAUAGUAUCAUUACGAACAGAUUGGGAUUGGUGGUUUCAAUUAUCCAAGAGCAAUUCCCUGGUAUGUUGAUGGAUGCUAUGAUUUUUGAAAAAUUAUUGACAUUGUUAGAGUUAAUUGGAGUGCACAAUGAUGCUUUUGCAAACGAAUUGAACCGAAAAAUUAUCAGCCAGCAGCAGAAAAUGACCGAACUAUUGGUUUUUGAUGCCGCCUCUGCUUCUAAAGCCAUCACCAAGGAGGAGAGUGUCUUAACUGCUGAUGAAUUCUUGAAAAUAGAUUUGAAUGAAUUCAGUGACCAAAUCAACUUGAUUGACUUGAAAUUCAACAAAGAAUGGAACCCAAAAACUGAUGCCUCUUUAUUAUACGAAACUGGAUAUUCAUACUCUAGAUAUAAUCCUUUGAUCUUUGAUCCGGUUUCAAAUAUUCAUUAUUUGGGUCGUAUUUUGAUCCAACAUUUGUUCGAAGAUGAUCAAUCGAAAGCCAGUGUCCAAUUCCGGGCCAAAGUUAUUCAAAAAUGGGUUGAAUUGGGCUCUAUAUUCGAUAAGAAAGGUGAUAUGGUCAGUUGGUUGGCUAUUGCCACUAUCAUUUGCUCUAUUCCUAUUCUCAGAUUGAAGAAGACCUGGUCUGUCGUUGACUCUAAAACCUUGAAAAUUGUGAGCACCGAGUGGGGUCAAGUUGUGUUUGAAUUAGACAGAAGAAAUAUGACAAGUGAUGCUGCCCAUAGAUCUUCAUAUCAUGUCAUUGCUCCACAGGGUAUCGGCGAAAGUUAUUCCAAAUUUAGAGUUGUUCCAUACUUCGGUGAUUUAACUGUCAAGUUAACAUCUUCUAACAUUACUCUUAAACAAUGUGAAAAGAGAGUACAACGUGUUAAAAUCAGUUUCAACAGAUGGGAUGAAUAUUUAGCAAUGGUUAAAGAAAAGAAUGAUUUUGGUGCAUUACAGACCCCAAAUCCAAAAACGCAAAGGUUGCUAUACAAUUUGUUAAGCAUUCAUGUUGGCUUGUCUCGCCUUACUCAGGAUGAUGUUAUGCAACAAUCCUUGGAGGUUGAACCGUCAAAUAGCUCAUCAUUGUAUGAAUUUUAUUCAUCUUACGAAAAUGACAAACCUCCAAUCUCUGCUGGUAUUUUCUUCCCGAUCUUAUUUACAGACUUCUUACCAAGCUAUAGAUUAUUUGAUAAAGAUUCUUUGAUCCAAGCUGCCGGCGGUCAUGGUAGCAAAAGAGGCGGUGAGGUCACCAAAAUACAGGCGGUUACUGGGGUCAACAUUGUAGAUUCCACUGCCAUUCAUCACCAUUACAAAUUGAGACGCUCCAGUCCAUUGGCUGACAGUAUUUUUGAUUUGUUGAAUAUUGAUAGUGAUGUUUUUCAUGUUGGCAAGGAUUUGAUUUUCAAAGCAGUUCCAAAAAAUAACAUUUUGUCUGCUGAUGGCAAUUCCAAAAAUGAUGAGAAUAACGGAAACAUUUCUCACAAACCAGUUGUUGUUAAUGUUGUUGCCAAAGCAUCUUCCUUCGAAAAAUUAGUUGAUAUCUUGGUAUUGACUCCUAAUAUUUUCAAUGCUCACAUUAAUGAAGAAGAUAUGCAAAAAUAUUUGACCAAACAUAAUCUCUCUGGCGGAAGUAUCAAGUUGGAUAUGGAUAUUGGUGUCUACACAGAAACUUUCUUUGCUUCUUACAAGAGUUUCUGUAAUUUGACCACUUUGAUUGAAGGUCUUGGAAGAAGGUUUAUUGGUGCCAAAGCUGCCGCCAUUUCGAUAAAGAAGCUGAAGGACAAUAAAGAAUAUUAUGCAGCCCAUAGUGAAAGAUCUUUUCCAGAUUGGGAUAGCAGUGUUGAGUCAAAUAAUCCAGAAAUCAAUUGGAAAUAUGUUGCCCAAAUUGAAGCUGGUAUUUUGGAAGCUUUAUAUGCUCUUAUUUCUGACUUUUAUUCUGAUUUCACUGAUGAAAUUGAAACAAAGCAAAGUUUUGUGGACAUUUUGAAAAUUAUCGACCAAGAAAUUGUCAAUGAAUGGAAAACUAUUUUGAAACAGCAUAGCGAUGGCCAUGACGAAUUAUAUGAACUAUAUGAAAAUUUGCAAUUGCUUUACAAAAAAAUUAGAAAAUUCUACAUAAAGAGAAGUUAUAGACCUCUUGAUUUCUAUUCAACUCCUCAUACUUUCUCCUCAGUUGUUGAUUUUCCACCGGAUCAUGCCCACCUUCCACCAUCUUCUCAAUUUGUGGAAAUCCAAAAACUUAUUGAAAAAUUGGAUGUGGUUGUGUUCGAUUUAUUCCGUCAAACUACAGUUAAUGAGUGGAUGGUAGUUUCUGAUUUGUUUGAAAUGCAAUCCACCAGAUCAUUGACUGGUAUUUUCAGCUAUAAGCAACAUUCGCCGGCGAUUUCCGAAGAAGAUUUGAAGAUUUUUAAUGUGUUUUCCUGGUUGGAAAGUUUGUAUGUGGAUGUCCCUGAGGUCAAGUUGCUAUCCAAAUUCCCGUCAAAUAUCAGGGCAUUGUACGGAUUACACGGGAAAAUAACUUCUUAUUUCUUGAACCAAAUUAUUGAACCAAGAAUCCCAUUGUCCAAAAGAAGAAACAGAAUGACAACAAUUUUACAAAUGUUGGCAAUUAUCAAUUGCAGAAUGCAAUCCUGUUCGGUGUUUGCAGAUGAAGGUUCUAGAAUUCCAGCAUUUUUAGAAACUUGUAUUGCCAUGGCCGUCUGUGCUCCUGAAAGUAGAUGGUUUGUUAAUGACUGGAUUUAUUCUGCUCUUAAAUUGCGUUCUAGGACUGGUGACAUGAAAUGGGACACCUUGAGUGAUUUGGUCCCCUCAUUUAAUAGUAAAAUUUUAUUGAAAGAUUGCAGAGCCCCAUUGACUCCAUGCUUCGGCUGGUUGGCAGAAAGAUUGUUGGAGGUUGGCUGCUAUAUCCCUAAUGUUUCGGUCGAGAAUCCUUCCUUGCUUAACUUUGACAAGAGACGUUAUGUUUACAAGUUGAUACAUGGUAUUAUGGCUCUAAAGAGAGAAGAUUCUUUAUAUUCUAAAGAAGAAUUGAAUGAUAUAAAGAAGAAAUUUGAAUUCUUAUAUAAUAUCAAAAGAAGUGUUUAUGACUUGAGAGAUAUCAGGGAAAUUGCCAGAAAAGAAAAUAAAGAUUAUCCAAGAAAUGAACAAAAGAAUAAGCUAUUCCAAAGACUUGUUGAGCAAGAAUUUUAUAAAUUGAAGAGAGAUGUCAAUAAAAAGGAAUCUCUAGAGAUGCAGGAGCUCAAGAGAAAACAAAUUAAUUCAAAGAUGGUUGGUAAGCCUCAACAAACUGACUCUAAGGAUAUCGCUACUAUGAGUAGAUCAAAUAUGAAUGUCGGUAUUUCUAACUCUACCUCGACAAACUCAAUCCAACAAAAUGCUGUUCUUAAUGCUCAUACCACCACUCAAGCCAAAGGUGGAGGUAGAUUCAGAAUUGGUGGAUUCUUGAAAGCUGUUCGUCCAUUCUCAAUCAACGUGGGAAAUUCCUGGUCAGCGCCAGAAAGAGUUGCUUCAAUUUCUGAAUUGCCUGAUCCCGCAAUAUUUGAGGGAAGAAGUGGAAAAGCGGCAUUACAGUUCAAGUUAUUUAAUAUGAAACCAUUAAUUAUCCACUCCAGUGAUAUUGAAGGGUUCUUCAAGCUAGUUGAUGUCGAAGGUCAGGAAUACUGUUUCCAAGCAACUAGUGACGUUGAAGCUAACGAUUGGGUUAAGAAUAUAAGUGAGGCCAAAAGAUAUGGUUACUUGUCUCAGGAAGCUAAAGAAAGAAACGGUAAUAAGGUCUUUGGUGUUCCAAUACAACUUGUUUGUAAAAGAGAAAAUAAUGUUAUUCCUUAUGUGGUUCAUAAAUUAUUGGAUGAAAUUGAAAGACGUGGUUUGGACGAAGUUGGUCUUUAUAGAGUUCCAGGUGCUGUUGCCAAUAUUCAAUUAUUGAAACAAAGAUUCGAUGAGUCUGCUGAAGAAGUUUCUCUUGAAGAUCAAAGGUUCCUUGAAAUCAAUACACUAGCGGGUUGUUUCAAAUUGUAUUUGAGAGAAUUACCAGAAUCUUUGUUGACUUCAGAAUUAUUGCCUUCCUUUAUUUCUGUUACCAGUGGCGAAGACAUUGUUGAUGGAGUAUGUAAUUUAAUCAAGAGAUUACCAUUCCACAACUAUCAUUUGUUGAAGAAGUUAGUGACUCAUUUGAAUCUUGUUACUGAACACUCCGAUAAAAAUAGAAUGGAUGCUUCUAAUUUGGCCAUGGUGUUCUCCAUGAGUUUCUUGAGCUCUUCUGAUACUGAUUUUACUAGAAGCUUAGGAAGUUUACAAUCUAUUCUUCUUAUGAUGAUCCAAGAACCUGAAAGAUAUUUCAAGAACGCUGAAUAUGAUGCUGCAGUCAGUAGUUUCGAACAAUAG